AUGCUAAUGGCGCUGCUGGAGUGGUUCCUGUGGAUCGCCGCCUUCAUGUACUGCCUUGUCAAGGUCUUUAUAAAGGCUGAGCACUGGACCAUUCGGCUCCUCGCGGUCGUUGUUGCCAUACUCUUCACCGGCUUCCGAUGCAUCUUCCUGCCCAUCAUGGUCGUGACCCUGCCGCUCCCGAGCCAGGUGGUGGCCCUCUGGCCCAAGGACAUGGUUGUGGUCCUGCAGUGGUUCGCCUUCUGGGCUUUUGCUGGGCUUCUGACGAUCCCCUGGUUGUUUUGUGUUUACCAUUUCGUCACGAACCAGCUGGGAAGACAGAAGCGUGUGAAGCAGGUUCUGGACGAAGUCUCAGCUCCCAAGGUCGUCAUCGUCAUGCCCGUUUACAAGGAGGAUCCCGAUGUCCUGAUCACGGCUAUCAACUCUGUCGUCGACUGCGACUACCCGCCAUCGUGCAUUCACGUCUUCCUCUCGUUCGACGGCGACCAGGAGGACGAAUUGUAUCUCAACACUAUUGAGAGCCUCGGCGUGCCCCUGACGCUCGACACGUACCCACGAAGCAUUGACGUCAGCUACAAGGCCGGCCGCAUCACUGUCUCGCGCUUCCCCCACGGCGGAAAGCGCCACUGCCAAAAGGCCACGUUCAAGCUCAUUGACAAGGUCUACAAGGAGUAUCUAGAGAGGAACGACAACCUCUUUAUCCUCUUCAUCGACUCGGACUGUAUCCUGGAUCGCGUGUGUCUCCAGAAUUUCGUCUACGACAUGGAGCUCAGCCCCGGAAACGCGAGGGACAUGCUUGCCAUGACGGGCGUCAUCACAUCGACCACCAAGAAACACAGUCUCAUUACCGUCCUGCAGGACCUCGAGUAUAUCCACGGUCAGCUCUUCGAGCGGACUGUCGAGUCUGGCUGCGGCGCCGUGACCUGUCUCCCCGGGGCCCUGACCAUGCUCCGAUUCUCGGCCUUCAGGAGGAUGGCCAAGUACUACUUUGCCGACAAGGCGGAGCAGUGCGAGGACCUCUUCGACUUUGCCAAGUGCCAUCUGGGCGAGGACCGCUGGCUGACCCAUCUCUUCAUGAUCGGCGCCAAGAAGCGACACCAGAUCCAGAUGUGCACGUCGGCCUUUUGCAAGACGGAAGCCGUGCAGACUUACAAGUCGCUGGUCAAGCAACGCCGCCGCUGGUUCCUGGGGUUUAUCACCAACGAAGUGUGCAUGCUCACGGACUGGCGCCUCUGGAAGCGAUACCCCCUGCUGAUCCUCAUCAGGUUCAUGCAAAACACGAUUCGCACGACGGCGCUGCUCUUCUUCAUCAUGGUUCUGGCCAUCGUCACGACGAGCAAGAAGGUAUCGGACCUGCCCGUCGGAUUCAUCGCCAUCUCGCUGGGCCUGAACUGGCUGAUGAUGAUCUACUUUGGCGCCAAGCUGAGGAGGUUCAAGAUCUGGCUCUACCCCAUGAUGUUUGUCCUCAACCCUUUCUUCAACUGGUACUACAUGGUGUAUGGCAUCUUCACGGCCGGCCAGCGGACCUGGGGCGGGCCGAGAGCAGAUGCGGCAUCGGCAGACGUAACAACGACGGCCCAAGAGGCCAUCGAGCAAGCCGAAGAAGCGGGCGACGACCUCAAUAUUGUCCCCGAGACCUUCAUUCCGGCAGCGCAGGUACAGAGAAAGAUGAGCAAGGCGCACAAAGCGCCGGGCCCCGGUCCCUUUCUGCAGCCACCGUCCAAGAUCGAGGGCCAGUUCUUCGCGCCCGAGAUGGGGGCCAAUGGCUAUUACCAUCAGGGAGGGAACGAGUCCUUCCUCACGGUCGACUACGGCAGCCGCGGCCGGAUACCGCUGCACCCUCGAGACUCGUUCGACAGCUUCCUGUCGGCGCAGACGGCGGCCAACUCCAUCUACGUACCCCGGAGGGUAGAGAGCAUCAUGGGAGACGAGGACCGGCGCAAGUACGAGAUGGCACAGGCCAGCCAGUACAACCAGUUCCUCGCCGGGCAGCGGAGCCCGGGGAUCCCGCCGCCCGGCCAGGUCUACGACCUCCCGGAGACGGACCUGCACAAGUCGGGCUACAUGGAUCACCCGGAAUCGCAGGCCUCGGCGGUGCCGGCGGCGCUGAACCUCGUGAACAAGCAGGCGAGCAUGAGCACCGAAAACCCGUCGCUCGGCGGCGGCAUGCAGUCACCCACCGGAACGCAAGGGGGGUCGUCGUCGCUCCAGCCACCGACGGCUGCCGCAGGCGGCGGUGGCGGCGGGUCGGCUUCUUCUUCUGCCCCGUUGCGGACGGGCAGGAGUCCGCUCGGGCGGGCGAGCUUCCUGCGGACCUCGACCAUCGACGACGUCGAGCUCGAGAUGGGCGGAUCGCAGCCUCACCAAAACAUCCAGCCGCCCUCGGGGCCCCCUAGCCGACACCCCUCCAGAGGCACCCACGGCAGCCGACGAUAGCACCGGGCUGUUCCGUAGUGGCACGAUUUCUAUAAUGAGCUUGUUCUCGCAUUGUUUCCUUCCUCUCUUGGCAUUUCUUUCUUUCACUUUCAGGAGGUAGAUAACGCUUUGUUC